AUGGUCAGUACAGCGCAGCAACACGAAAGCGAAAUGCGUUUAGGCGAACUUGUGAAUGAGAUCUCAGUGCUGAAGGAAGAAAUGGUUGAAAAGGAGAAAGGCUUCACAUCAAUGCGAGGCGAUCUGGAAUCGAAAUAUCAAAAAAUGCUAGCUGAAACAAAGCGCCAGUAUGAACAGAAGAUUGCUGAACUGAGCAAAAACGUGGAUGAGUUGAAAGCUUCUGAGAAUGAAAAAGUCCUUGAAAAUGAAUGUAAUCCCAGUGAGCACAAGACUGGACUGGAAAGAAUUUUGGAGAACAACCAGUUGAUUCAGGAAAUUUUAAAUGUGACUGGAAGAAAUGAUGAGGAAAGGUAA